UGCUGACAAUCAGCUGUUACUAAGAAAAAGCCGACUGAUUAAAACCAAAAACACAACUAAAAUCCUGUAAAAUCAAUUUGAUAGCGUUUGUGCAUUUGUUGAAAUCCAAAUAUUUAACUUUAAUAUUUAUUUUGUUCAAAAGUCUAAUGAAGCAAGGAAAAAAACAAAAAUAAAGUUGACCAAUGUUUUAACGCGGCCAAACAACGUACUGAUAUUUUAACAUGUUUUAAAACAAAACAGAUUUUUUUUAUUAUUAGUUAAUUAGAAUCUCAUAACAAUGAAAAUCGCAGAUGCUUUAAGACGCUUGGAUGCAUAUCCAAGAACACUAGAAGAUUUUAGUGUUCGAAGUCUUAGCGGAGCCAUAAUAACGCUGAUAAGCACAAGCAUUGUCAUAAUCUUGAUAUUUCUGGAAUUUGUGGCCUAUGUGACACCUAACCUUACUGAAGAUUUGUUUGUGGAUACCACACGUACCCAUAAAUUAAGAAUCAAUGUGGACAUAACUUUACAUAACUUGGCAUGUAAUUAUGUUUCCUUGGAUGCCAUGGAUUCUUCGGGAGACCAGCAUUUACGUGUAGAUCAUGACGUAUUUAAACAUCGUUUAGAUUUAAAGGGAAAUCCUUUAAAAGAAACGGAACCAAUCAAGGAAAUUGUGGCCGUAUCUCCUUCUAGUAAAAACUCUACAUGUGGUAGUUGUUAUGGAGCCGAACACAAUAAAACACAUUGUUGUAAUUCUUGCGAAGAAGUAUUGGAGGCUUACCGCCAAAAGAAAUGGAAUGUUCAAUUAGAUAAAAUCGAUCAAUGUAAAGAUCAAUAUAAGCGUACGGAUGCUGAUGCAUUCAAAGAGGGAUGUCGUAUUCAAGGCCAUUUAGAAGUAAACCGGAUGGCUGGUUCCUUUCAUAUAGCACCCGGAAGCUCAUUUUCGAUACGACAAUUUCACAUACACGAUUUUCAAAUUGCUGAUGUUAAACUUGCACAUACCAUAAAUCAUUUAUCGUUUGGUGAUAAAAUCGAAUUUGCCACGACACAUCCUUUGGAUGGUUUUAAGGUUGAGCCCGAAGGAGAUGCCAAGUCGGAAAUGUAUAAUUAUUAUCUCAAGAUUAUACCUACAGUUUAUGUUAGAGCUAAUACGGCUCCAAUUAACACCAAUCAAUUUUCUGUUACACGUUACCGCAAGGAUUUGAGCAGCAGAGAAAGGGGAAUGCCAGGAAUAUUUUUCAGUUAUGAAUUGUCCCCACUGAUGGUCAAAUAUGAAGAACAGCAAAGAUCCUUUGGUCAUUUUGCCACCAACUGUUGUUCUAUUAUCGGCGGAGUAUUUACAGUAGCCGGAAUUAUCGCUGUAUUUUUGAGCAACUCUUGGGAAGUGUUACGCAAUAAAUUGGAAAUAGGGAAAUUAAGUUAACGACAUUCGUUAAGUUCGCAUACCAAAGGUGCUCAAUGACCUAAUUUUCUAGACUUUCUAUUAAAUCUUUAAUUUUCUUCUUCUAAAGUUUGGCAUUUUAUACUUAGUGUUUAUAUUUUACCAAACUAGACGCAAUGUCCAAAGCAUUCCUACGAAAAUGAAACUUUUUUAACCCUCCUUCUAUGUUUAUUAUAAUUGAAGUUCUUUUAUUGAUUAAUUAUUGUAUUUUCAUUGUUUUUGUAAUAAAGAAAAGUGUUUGUGACUUAUGUUGUCCGUUUACCAACUGACAAAAAGCCCGAUGUAUUGGAGAAA